AUGGAUUCCAAUACACCAACUACUACUGCCACUAACGAUGUUGCUGCUGUUGAUCAGAGUACAGUUAUUCCAUCGGGUGUCAGAGUCUAUACUGGUCAAUGUUUCUGUGGUGAUAUCAAGUUCACUGUUGAAGCGGAUCUUAAUCAAUUAAAGUCUGGUCGUUGCAAUUGCUCUUUCUGUGUCAAGCAUAGAGGAUGGUUCUAUAGAUUGGAGAAUGUCAAUCAAUUCAAGCUUCUCACUCCCGAAGAGAAUAUGAUGACAUUCAGUCGUGGAAACCACGCCUGCAAAAAAUGUGCCGUCUACACACACGCAAUCGGUGACUAUGGAGAAGGUCCCUAUUGCUCAGUUGCCGUCAAUUGCAUCGAUGAUCUUACCCCAGCACAAAAGUCAGCCAUUCCAAUUACUUAUUUCGAUGGAUUAAAUAAUAAUUGGUGGUCAGCUCCGAGCCAUGUUAAUUACUUAUAA